AUGGCUGACUUAGAUGAUGAACGACUCUUACAAGAUCCUGGCUCGAGAUUAAAAGUAGCACUUCAUGCAGCAUGUGGUAAAAUUUGUGAACAAUUACAAAUACAAUCAAAUGUUACUGUAGAUAAACAAGUUGUAAAUGCUAUUGGUGAUAUAACAUUUCAACAAAUAGAAACAUUUUGUCAAGAUCUUGAUGUAUUUUCAAAACAUGGUAAACGAACGACAAUUAAUGUCGAUGAUGUACGCCUUCUUUGUCGACGUAAUCCAGGUCUUCUUGAUAAAAUUGAUGAUUUUCAACGUUCAUUAAAACCAUUAAAAACAACAAGUCGAUCAACAACUAGUCGAAAUAAUAUAUCAUCUCGAUAUGAUGAUCAUAAUGUUGAUAUAACUGUCGUUGAAUCAUCAUCAGAUAUGGAUGAUAUAAAUUGA